AUGAUAGUGAACUGUAUGUAUUGGGAGGAGAAGUAUGCACGGAUACUUACCACCGCGCAGAUGAAAGAGUUGGCGGAUAGUGGCAGAAGUCGUCUGUUGGCCCUUGCUGAUAUCACAGCCGAUCCAGGUGGUAGUAUUCAAUUCAUGAGUGACUGCACCACCAUCGAUGACCCCUUCUACAUCUACAACCCUACCACUGGCAAGCAGCACAAGGAUAUGACUAAGGAGGGUGUUCUUAUCAUGAGCGUAGACAACCUCCCUGCAGAGCUGCCCAUGGAAGCGUCGUCGCACUUCGGCAGCCAACUGCUACCAUACAUACAGUACUACUUGUCAGGACAACUGGAGACUAAGUACAAGUACAUUGAGCAACUGCGUGAGACCAACCGACAGAGACUACGCCACGUGGUGCUGUUUGGCUCAGGAAUGGUUGCCGGCCCAGUGGUGGACUAUUUGUUGGGUUUGCGAGAUGUUCGUAUCACAAUUGCUGCCAACCAGCUAGCCGAAGCCACUGCGCUUGUGAGAGGUCGAGAUCACGUGUCAUUGGUUGACUUCAAUGUCUCUGAGUGUGAUGAGGGGACCCUGAAUGACUUAGUUGGUGUGUUGUAUGCACGCACACGCUUGCUGUUUUGA